AUGGUAGACUCCCCUACGGUCAAGGGUCGUCCAUCGAACCAUGGACUGGGUACUUUGGUUGGAGGAUACAUGCGCAGAAAAAUACAACGAGGCGUGCAUCCUGCUUUCGAUGCUUUCAGAUCUGAGGAGCUCGCUUUGUUUACCCGCGUUUUGGUGGAAGUUCUGACAAUCUCCAGAAAUGAUUUGAGUGUCGAGGCCACACACGAACGCGAAAGAUUCCAGGCCGCCUUGGUCGCUUAUGGAAAAACCAUCGAUGGUGCAAAAUUCCGGACGGAUCUUAUCAUUUCCGACCAGCAUACUUGGGAAGAUGUCCUGGCGGAAGUUAAUAAAGCCUCAGAAGUAUACAACUCCGACUCACGGGCUUGGAAUAAGAUAAGGAAAGGAUUCCACAAAUUUGGUGACAACAACAAAGCAUUUGAUUCUUGGCUUGGCCUGUUACCUUCUGGAUCAGACUGGUCAUCUGUACUCAGUGGAGGUCUAAAGCUCAUAGUGAGGGCCUCUGCUCGGUUGGCCGAUAUGCGCCAAGAAAUAUUGAGUGCCUUGACUGAGAUCCCCUCACUACUCACAUGCAUUAAUCGUGUUUUGAAGAUAUUCGAAACAUCCGAAGAACUGCGCCAAUGGGCCUUGGAGCUCUACAUUAGCACGAUCGGGAUUCUUCACCAUAUUGUAAACUGGUAUUCGCAGAAUUCAAUAGUCAAAGCUGCCAAGGCCGUUCUUAAGCAGGAAUCUUAUGGCAUGAAGCUGAGUUCUCUGAUACAAGAUCUACGAGAGAAAUCUACUCGUUUUGACAAAUCAGCUCAAAUUUCGUCAUUUGAAAUGGGCAAAGAAACGAACAUGAUACUCUUAGCUCAUGAUAUUCAAUCCCGCGAUGAUCAGGAGAUUCUCGUUGGGCGUUUGGACCAGAUUCAGCUUAAAACCACGGACAAUCAGCGCGAAGUCAAUUUGAUGAAAGCUCAAAUCUCGAAUCUGACAGAAGCGAUAUGUCGCAAUUUUCUGGCGGGCAACGGCCGAGUGGAUUUCAAGACGCGUCAAGUUAGGGGCCCCAUUCUCCCUGCCAGCAAUGCGGCUAUCCGUCAAAGGACAUUAAAACGUACAGUUCAUUUGUCAAACCAAUCCCUUGCAUGGCUGGAGGCUAAUUCUCAGAGAGCAGAGUACUUGAAAGCAAGAGAUGACUGCCUUGAAGCCUUGAAUUAUGACAACUUGAUCAUCGCCCGGGAUAUUUCAACCAGUCUACGAGAGGUCUGGAGGAUUUCCCGAAUUGAGCAAGACCGAAUAGCCACGAUCAUACAAUCAACCAAGCUUAGUACCUGGAUCAUUACGUCCAACUCCUCAGCGCUAUUUAUCAACUGCAACUCUUCCGGCGAUGAGAGGGUCUCGUCAUUCACAUUUGCGAAACUGGUGGAAUCUAUCACCGCAUACGAUAAUCACCAGGUAAUAGCUCUUUCAUUUUUUUGUGGGGCGCAUCGUCGCCGUGAAGAUCGAGAUACAGGAGUAGUUGGUCUCAUGCGAAGCUUGAUCUCGCAACUUCUAAUCGCAUACCCCGAAUUCAGUCUGAAAACACUCGAUCAAAUACCAAAAAUACAGCUCGCGGAUGUCAGUGCCCUAUGCCAAGUUUUUCAUCGCCUUAUUCAUGAGCUUCCUUCUGAUACUCUGGUUUUCUGCAUCAUCGAAUCAGUCACAACUUUUGAAACUGGCACCGCGCUCCUUGAAGAAAGUAUUUUGACGGUGUCGAAACUGGUUGAAAUCGUCCAAGAAACGGAUAAAUACAGUUGUAUUUUCAAGCUUCUAUUUUCAAGUCCUCGGAACAGUCAAACUUUGCAUAAGCUGAUGCCAGAUCGAACGAGUGACGUUGUUUGGAUUCCAAACCGGGUUCAGGCUUCAGGGGGGUUCACAUUCGCGAAAUGGCAAGCAGAUGUUGGUGAGAGGAUGGACUGGCUAAACCAAUAG